AUGGAUCCUGUUAUCAUACUCACAGUCCUAUCAGCAGUUCUUGGAGUUGCAAACUCGGAGUCCCCCCGGGCAAUCGAUGCAGACUUUCCAGAUCCUUGCGUAAUCCAAACAAGCGACGGCUAUUAUGCUUUUGCUACAAAUGGAAAUGGCGUGAACGUUCAGGUCGCCUCAUCUUCUGACUUUGUAACAUGGGACCUCAUGUCCGGUACAGAUGCUCUGCCUGGCCCAUUUCCAUCCUGGGUCGCUUCAUCUCCUGCUGUUUGGGCGCCAGACGUCAUUCAACGAGACGAUGAAACAUAUGUCAUGUACUUUUCUGCUGCCUCGAGUGAAGAUUCUAGCAAGCACUGUGUGGGAGCUGCCACCUCUACCAGCAUAACUGGCCCUUACACGCCCGAAGACGAUGUGUUGGCUUGUCCUCUAGACCAGGGUGGUGCAAUCGAUGCCGAUGGCUUCAAGGAUGGAGAUACCUUCUAUGUUGUCUACAAAAUUGACGGCAACAGCUUGGAUGGGGAUGGCACCACUCAUGCUACACCGAUCUUACUGCAGAAAUUGAACUCCGAUGCCGUCACCCCUAAUGGAGGAACCACCCAACUCCUUGAUCGGGAUGACAACGACGGCCCAUUGAUUGAAGCCCCAAGUCUUGCCAAUGUAGAUGGAACAUACUAUCUUUCCUUCUCCUCCAACAUGUACGAUACGACCAGCUAUGAUGUCAGCUACGCUACGGCCUCCGCGUUGACUGGACCUUAUACUAAGGCUCAGGCACCAAAUGCCCCUUUACUCGUGUCGGGAGAUCCAAGUAACGUUGGCAACUUAGCGGGACCUGGGGGUGCGGAUUUCAAUGGCGAUGGCUCCAAGAUUGUGUUCCAUGCAUUUGAAAAUGGACAGACGAUUGCCAACGGCCGAGCGAUGUACGUUGCCGACAUAAAUGUUUCUGGAGGUGUGAUGACCAUCCAGUAG